AUGGAUAAAAAAAUAGCUCAGAAAAUGGUCAAGUACCCUGUUUGCUGUAAAUGCCAAAAGAAAAUAAUUAAAAAAAAGGAUAUACUUUGUUGUGUAUCUUGCAAAAAUUUUUACGACAUAACUUGUGCACAAGUAUUGAGCACCAAAGUUAAUAUCAUGGACAAACUAAAAAAGGAAAUCUGGAAAUGCCAAACGUGCCAUGAAGUCAAAGCUAAGCUACCAAUAGCGAGUGAAAACACCGACAGGCUUUGCUCAUAUAACUCGACAAAAAGAAGCACUAGAUAUAAGGCACCUCCAGUAACGCCAUUGCAUAAGUCUGAAGAGGAAGAAUCAACCAGUUCUGAUGAUGACCUACAUAGCCUGCCAGAUAUUAGUACUUAUCAAAAUGACAGAGAAGAAGAAUUGCUAAAAGAAAUCGCAUAUUUGAAAUUAGAAUUAGAAAAAGCUCAUAAUGAAAUAGAAAAUUUAAACAUGGAAAAUACAAAAUUACAAAAGCAAAUAUUAGAAAAGGAAACGCUGACUGUAAAAUGGAAGAAACUAUUUACUGAAGCGAUGAGUACACCCAAAAGGCGCGCAUCUCUUACAAAUCGAAAUACUACGGAAAAGAAAAAAGAUAAUAAAUCUGUACAAAGCCGACCAAUAGAGUUAGAUGAAUGA